UCUAACCCAGACACCAUGAAAGCUUGACAUACCGUAAAUGACUGAUCAAGGAAGCUGAUGCAGACAUGGGUUUCAGUUUAACUCAGAAACCGCUGGUGCCCGGAUAUGCGCUCUGUUUGGACCUUUGUUUGCGUAUAGCAUGAGAGUAAUGACAAAGGGCAAUGCAUUGAUUGUGUGUGUGACAGAUGGGCUUUUGUGUGAAAUGUACGUCUCACCGCCGACAUGACCUCCAGCGUCACACGUAGAGGAGUGCAGCGCGUACGGGUGGGAGUUGUCUGGAGAAACGCAUUGUUGUGUUGGGGGAUGAGCAGUCGGUAGUGCUGCUGCUGUUACUGUGCUAUUUGCCUCCUGGUCGACUUUGGCUAGCGAGUGACUCUAACUUAUGAAUGGUCCACAAAGCAGAUGACUGUGUGUUCUCUGUAGAUUUGAAAACCGAAACUUCCCAGGCACCAAAAACAGGCCUCUUUCUCUCUUUCUCUCCACACUACCCGCCCGUCGGAUGAGAACAGUGUGUACGGAUAUAGAGCCACUUAGCAGGCCAUAUCGCCAUUGCUUUGUAAGGCUGCCUUGCUACCGUCUUCUUCAACUAGCGAAACUGUUCCAACCGAGCAACACGGAGCGGCAGCAUGAAGAAGAAAGCUCGGCAGCACCGGGCUGCGGUGCCACAGAGGCCGCCGUCUCCCAUCAAGCCUUCCCCCAACAAGCAGAUCUUGACUUACGCGCAGGCGCAGCGCAUGGUGGAGUUCGACAUCGACGGGCGCCUCCACCGGGUCAGCAUUUACGAUAAGCUGGACGUGAUCUCUGACGACGACCCCACGGUGCAGGAGAUGAUGGAGUGCACCAGCAAUAAGGAGAACGCCGAGAAACCGCAGCAGCAAGUUCUCCUGCGGUCGGUCAGGCUAAAAAACAACCAGGAGAAGAGAAAUGCAGCGCUCGGGAUCACCAGUCCUGGAGAGGGUGUAGGACAAAAUACUGGCGUUAAUGCCGGUCCAAAGCUUCCAGAGCCUAAAUUUCGUACGGUGGAAUAUAAUCGCCCGGCGGUUCCUAAGCGUCCAGCUGUGUUUUAUAAAUACAUAGAAAAGACGGAGGAAGAGCUGGACGAGGAAACGGAGUAUGACAUGGAUGAGGAAGACUACGCCUGGCUGGAUUUGGUCAAUGAGAAACGAAAAAGCGAAGGAGUCAGUCAGGUCUCUUAUAAUGUUUUUGAGUUUCUUAUCGACCGCUUUGAGAAAGAGUUAUACCUGGAGAGUCUGGAUCAAUGCAGUGAAAGUCAUGUUCCUGUUGACGAGGACGCGGUCUGCUGCAUCUGCAUGGAUGGAGAGUGUCACAACAGCAACGCUAUCCUAUUUUGUGACAUGUGCAAUUUGGCUGUGCACCAGGAAUGCUAUGGUGUACCCUACAUUCCUGAGGGCCAGUGGCUCUGCAGACACUGUCUCCAGUCACCAAACCAGCCUGCCGACUGCAUACUUUGUCCCAAUCAGGGCGGAGCGGUAAAAAAGACAGAUGAUGACCGUUGGGGCCAUGUAGUGUGUGCCCUCUGGGUGCCUGAGGUUGGCUUUUCAAACACCACCUUCAUCGAGCCCAUCGACGGCGUCAGCCACAUUCCUCCAGCUCGCUGGAAGCUCACCUGCUACCUCUGUAAGGAGAAAGGCGUUGGGGCUUGCAUCCAGUGUCACAAAGCAAACUGUUAUACGGCCUUCCACGUCAGCUGUGCCCAAAAGGCCGGCCUCUUUAUGAAGAUGGAGCCGAUCAAAGAAGUGACUGACUCAGGAGAUCCUACGUUCUCUGUGAAAAAGACAGCCUACUGUGGCGCUCACACGCCUAACGGGUGUAUAAGGAGACCACUUACAAUCUAUGAUGAUGCCAAACCCAAAAAUGGACUAUGUAAAAAAGGUGGAGGUGUUGGUAAAGGGCAGUCAAAAGGAAAGAAGAAGAGUAAGAGUAAGAAGCCUGAGCCUGAGCCUGAGCCUGAAAGUGAAAAUGCAGGCCAUGUUAGUGUGCCUACAUUUCCUGCUCACAGGUUACAAACCAUUCUGAACCAGGUGUCAGUUCAGAAGAAGAAAGCCUUUGUGGAGCUGGUCCUGAAUUACUGGACGCUUAAGAGGCAGUCCAGGAAUGGGCUUCCCCUCAUCAGGCGCCUCCAGACAAGCCUGCAGUCUCAGAAGAAUGCGCAAGCGAGGCAGAACGAGGAGGAGAGCAGGGCACUGAAGGACCAGUUGAAGGAAUGGCAUCGUCUCAGACACGACCUGGAGAGAGCCCGUCUGCUGCUGGAGCUGAUCCGCAAGAGGGAGAAGCUAAAGAGGGAGGAGAUCAAACAGCAGGAAACCCUCCUGGAGAUGCAGCUGACUCCUUUCAGUAUUUUGCUCCGGGCCCUCUUGGACCAGCUCCAGUCGAAAGACCAGGCCAAGAUCUUCACCCAGCCGGUCGAUGUCAGCGAGGUGCCCGACUACCUCGACCACAUCAAGCACCCGAUGGACUUCUCCAGCAUGCGGCAGCGCAUCGACGCACAGGGCUACAACAACUUGGAGCAGUUUGAGAGCGACUUCAACCUCAUCGUUGAUAAUUGUAUGAAGUAUAACUCAAAAGACACGUACUUUUACCGGGCUGCCGUCCGCCUCCGAGACCAGGGCGGGUCUCUGCUUCGAAAAGCCAGAAAAGAUGUGGAGAAAAUCGGCUUUGAUUCGGAGAGCGGCAUGCAUCUGUCGGAAGCGCCUGAAAUGAAAGUGACGCCAUCGUUUUCUUGGGAGGACGUGGACCGCCUACUAGUGCCAGCCAAUCGGGAGCAUCUUUCUCCGGACAAGCAGCUGCAGCAUCUCCUGGAGAAGUUUGAUCUGACCUGUGCCAUGAAGUCCAGCCCGUCCCGCAGCAAGCGCCUCAAGCUGCUCAAGAAGACCAUCAACGACGUGCGCAACGAAAUGAGCCUGAAGAGAGUCCAUCCCUCCCACCAUCACCAUCGCUCUUCCUCCUCGACUCCCUCCACGUCGGCGUCAUCGUCAUCAGCUUUACCCCACCCACCAGAGUCGAGGAAACCUAAAGAAGAGAGAUGGAGGCCAAUGGACAUUUUCUAG